UUUAAAGAUUUAUCAUUAAAUUUCAUAGUUUCCUCCAAAUGACAAUUUUUACAGGAAUUAUAAAUGGUUCUCACCAAAGAAUAGGUCAAUAAGCAAGGACGAGAUUACAAUGGGUUCAAAACUAACAGACCUUGCUGACCUGAAGCCUUCAGCUGAUUAUGCAUUGAAUUCAUUUCUCAUCGGAAUAAGUGAUGAAUUGACUGAUGGUGAUUUGGAAAAACUGAAAUUCCUUUGCAGAGGAAAAUAUGGAAUAGGAAAGGCAAGGCUUGAAAAGGUAAAAUCUGCAUUGGAUUUAUUUGAAAUCCUACGAGAAAAAGAGUUGCUGAAUGAAAACAAUAUCAUAACACUUCAAGCCAUGCUUUGGAUAUUACCCAGGAGGGAUCUUCAAAAGAAAUAUGUAGAAUUUGCAGAGUCCCUUGAUUCAAGCAUUCAUUUUGUUGCUCCGAGAGAAACACCAGAAAACGGCUACAGAUAUCUGAAAUUUCACAUACGAGGAAAGGACCUUAACACCUAUGGAAGAUCAGAGUUGGAACGGCUUCGUUCAAUGGCAUCAGAUCUGCUUUUCGUACCUAAGGAAUUUGUCAUUAUAUCAGGAAUCGAACCUUCAAACAGCCUAGUAAUUACAAUAAUGGUACCAGAAGAGUUUGCAAGUACAAUGCUAUCCUCAGAUCCACAGAGGUUAUCCAUGCUGAAUGAGGUGUCUGUUAGCCACAUUGGGCUAGGAGGGGAUAUGGUUUGGGUGCAAGAGGUGCAACCACACACAAUUACUGACGAUAACAUGGAGGAAGAAACACGGAAUCUGAUGCUUAGACAAAAUCAGAUGGGAAGAGAAUUGGAAAACGCACACGAUAAAAUAGCCACUCUGACCGCAAAAAUUGAAGAUGAUGAUAAGAAAAAUGACCGACUUCAAAGUAUGAUAUAUUUUUUGGCGGUUUUGAUUCAACAAUGUGAUGAUGUGUACACAAACAUAAUGAAAGCAAGAAAAUUAAUGGAAGAAAGUGCCUUAGAUCCUGUUGACAGUUUACAAAAAUUAUGUGUUUUUAGAAACUUCCGAUAUCGCCUAGAAAAAGUGAAAAAGUUAGGCUAUGAUGAGAAUACCAUCUGCGAUUUGCUUGAUGCUCAAGCAAUGAUAUUCCGAUGGCAAAGGCAUGAACAAUUAGAAAUUCGUAUCGCAGGUGUUGAGAAUGAAAAUCAAGAUCUUCAGAGAAGACUUGCCAUCGUCUCUUUCGAAAGAGAUAAACUUGCAUAUUAUCACGAUAUUGGAGUUAAAGAUAAGGUUUUGUCGAAACGAGACGAGUUUGCAUUUUGGGCUUUACGGCAAAAUAUACCCCUGCCUAUAAAAAUUGAGGAAAGAGUAGACGUAGAGAUUUUGGAAGAAGCUGUUGAUUACGCAUUCAGACGUUUGGACAAAGACAUAUCGAAAGAGGAUUUAAACAUCCUUUUGGAAAAAUUCAAUAUAAAAGGAAAACCAAGACGAUAUGCUGCCCUAUCUGGCUAUCAGUUCCUGAAAACUGCUUAUGAGGCUCAGCGUAAACAUGGCAAUGGUGUUGAAAUGCGAUCCUUUGUGCAGCAUUUCCUGUCAGACACUUUGCAAAGGGGUGAUUUUUUUGAAAAAUUUAGAGGCUAUAUACAGGAUUUUAUGUCAAAUCCCCAAGCAAGAUCAACUGGUGCCAAAAAGCAAGAGAGACGCAAAUCUCAUACAUAUGUUGUCCGUAAGGGAAAUCAGAAGUCAACGACACCCAGAUCACAGACGCGGCCUGUGAAUGACCCAGAAGAAAAACAAAUUUAUCAGGAAAUAAAGGAAAUGUUCUCCGAGCUUAAAGAAAUGCUUACUAAGCAGGAAUCCAAAAUGCCAAUUCAAAUGAAUAAGAAUAGUGUGCUUGACGGUUUUCGAUCACUAAUUGAUUCGUCACAAAUGAUUCCAAAUUUUUAUGACAAAACACGUGAUCCUUGGCGUGGAUUUCAAGUAGAAUGAACUAAUAUUUUAUAGUGUGCUCUUUGGUGAUCAGUUUAUUAACUAAAUCAUAAUUUUGAAGAAAAAAGAAAUAUUGUAGGCCGAUGUAAUUUUUACCAGGGAGGUUUUUUUUUUUAAAAUAAAAAAAAUGUUGAUGUUUUUUUUUAUUUUGCCCAACCAUUUUCAAUCUAUUUAAGGUAACGUUUUGAAAAGCCAUUUAGAAAUUCCGGUAUUACGCUGUGUGUAUCUUUACCUUUUACUGUUAUAUUUAUCUUUUGCUGUAGAUACAUUAUCUCUCUCCAGCUUUUAUGCAAAUUUUAUUGAUAAAUCAUAAUGUGUUUGAUGAGUAGUACAUGUGAGUCUUUGUAAUUAAUCAAUGCGCAAUGAUGCUGCGUGUCUUUUUAUCUAGCAAAACCAAUAAGGACAACUGUAAUUAUCAACACUUCUUUAAGGGAUAUUAACAAAACACUGCACUUUUUAGCUCUCCUGAGCUGAAAGUUCAAUCCAGUUUUUCUGAUAAAUUUUGUCCAUUUGCCUGUCCGUUUGUCAGUAAACUUUUCACAUUUU